AGCCAGCAAUCCAUUCCUCACUCAGAACCUCACCGAUACGGAGCUGGCGCGUAAGGAGAAAGACUCGGUUAGCGUCCUGUUACGAUGAACCUUAUGUUCCGUGCCACCGUUGUGGUCCUAGUGUCGCUUGCUGCCUUCGCCCAUGGUUUAAAAACGUUUGUCGCGUACAAGCGCGCCAUCAAUCCGUUGCAAGCGGUGCAAAUUUGUAGCCAGCAGGGCGGACAUCUAGCAUCGAUCGAGUCGCUUGAGGAGCAUAAUAAGGUGCUAGCUGCCAUCGCCGCAACGGGAUACCCGGUGGACCUAAACUACUGGUUCAUCGGAGGAUCCGAUCUCGGCACCGAGGGCAAGUGGUUUUGGAUGGGUGUGGACAAGGAGAUGAAGUACAAAAACUUCCGCAGCGGCGAACCGAACAACUAUCAAGACCAGCACUGUAUGGCAAUUAUCGGCGUUGGGUCGUCGACGGAGUGGGAUGACAUUUGGUGUGACCAUAUUGGCACCGGUUUUGUGUGUGCGUAUGAAGUUUCUUAGGCGGCAAAUGCAAUUGGCCCAGCACAUCUCGUGAAGUUUUGGUAACAAACAUUCCAAGCUGUUCCGGGUGGGGGACAUAUUUGAACUUCACGAAGGUAGCAACAGGAGUCAAUAGGAGCGCAUGUCCAUAAGAGCAACUCGUUAAAUAUAUCUAUUUUAUUUGUAAAACUUA